CACAGCAUCCAGGAACUGAAUUGGCGCACGACAGGAACGAAUUUAUUGGGUUUAUGCAACUCUUUACUUUGCCAUAAUAUCGGGAACUAUACAGAAACCUAACAAUAUUGCCAUUUAACGCCUUAUUUGACCCUGUCGCACACUGUGCACAUCGAUAGAGCGCCCCGAUUCGAAUCUGUGGGCUAUCCUACGCCAACUUUCAGCACCUCAACGUCCAGCUGUGUUGUAGCAUUGAAGUAGACACGCGCUUCAAACAUUCCAGAUAGGAGGCGCGACCUGCGCGGUCCAACCCCCAAAGACAAUACAAGAUGAGCGACUUGGAUAAGGCUAUUGCACAGCUGCGGGAAUGUCGGCCAAUACCAGAAUCACAGGUCAGGGAAUUAUGCUAUAAGGCGCGAGAGCUGUUGGUGGAGGAGGGAAAUGUUGUAACAGUCACCGCACCUGUGACGAUAUGUGGCGAUAUCCACGGCCAGUUUCACGAUCUCAUGGAGCUCUUUCGAGUUGGUGGCGACGUUCCGGACACAAACUACCUCUUUAUGGGCGACUUUGUCGACCGUGGUUUCUACAGUCUCGAAUCAUUCCUGCUUCUCCUCUGCCUCAAAGUCCGAUACCCAGACCGGAUGACGCUCAUCCGUGGAAACCAUGAGUCGCGCCAGAUCACAACCGUAUACGGCUUUUAUGAUGAGUGCCUGCGCAAAUACGGUUCCGCAAACGUGUGGCGCUACUGCUGCGACGUCUUUGACUACCUUGCCCUGGGUGCGAUCGUCCUCAACGCCUCCGCCACCUUGCAGCCCAACGACAAGAUCCCCAUCCGCCCACAAGCCCCGGAAAUAACCAACACCGAAGAUUAUGAUGAGGCAGACAUCGAGAUUGAAGUCCUCAACUCAGAGGGCGGCAUCCUCCACCGUUUCCCUCGGAAGGGCAGCAAACGAAACGACGUCCUUGUGCGCACUCCUACCGCCUCUACUACACCAACCAAGACCGGCCCUCCCGGCUCCGGCGCCUCAGCUCACAGCAACGGAACCUCCGGUAACAAUUCCACGGCCGUAUUCUGCGUGCACGGCGGGCUCAGCCCCCUCGCCGAAACGCUCGACAAGAUCCGCCUCAUCGACCGCAAGCAGGAAGUCCCGCACGAGGGCUCCAUGUGUGAUCUUCUGUGGUCCGACCCGGAGGACAUCCAGGGCUGGGGUCUCUCGCCACGUGGAGCCGGCUUCCUCUUCGGUGCCAGCACGGUGCAGAACUUCAACCACGCGAAUAACAUCUCGAUGAUUGCGCGUGCGCAUCAGCUUGUUAUGGAGGGUUUCAAAGAGAUGUUCGACAACACCAUCGUCACGGUCUGGUCCGCGCCGAACUACUGCUACCGCUGCGGGAACGUGGCGGCUAUUAUGGAGCUCGGCGAGGAUGGGGGCGGCGGGGACGGGGUGUUGGCGAGGAGUAACGGCGAGGUCGGCCGCAGUGCCGCCCUGCAGCAGGGGGAUCUGGAUGAGAACGCCGUGAGCCUUAACCCAGGGCCAGCGAGGAGAUACCGAGUGUUUCAAGCCGCUCCGCAAGAUUCCCGAGGCAUGCCUGCUAAAAAGCCUCAAGUUGAAUAUUUCUUGUGAGGGCAUAAGGGGCCUUUAUUCAUGUUAUUUGAAGAUGGGGGAUGUGAUUUGGGAUGGGGAGUUGUGUGGUGGGUGUGCUUAUGAACCUUGAUGAAUUUUACGGGCAUGAGGCGAGUCGGUAUUCACGGCGUAGGCGGGAUAUGGGUAAGAAAUGCAUACAUACUAUGAUACCAAAACGAUUGUUCUACUUAAAUCAAACUCCAAC